AUGCAUAAGUUCCAUCUGACAAGAGUUGAGAGGCGCCUCGUAGACGUGGAGCGCCUGUUCCAACAUCUUCUCCCUGAUGUUGAUAUCAAUGAGGCCUUGGCAUCGCGGGGCGUUGAAGCUCCUGCAGAGGCAUCCCAACCAACUACAUCUCUGUCGCCACCAACAAAUCCUUCAUCGCCUGAUAGUCCGGUUCAGGCCAGCAGUGCCAUUUCAGAUGCCGUGCCUGCAGAGAGCGAUGGCUUUGAUUGGCAGGAAGACGUCGACGAGCUGACUGAUGGGAUGGCGUCUCUAUCCGUUGAACCGAGAGGAGCGGGAUAUCUAGGGCCGACUGCUGGUGUCUUUUUUCUCAGAUCACUUCUUCUCUGGAUUGGUCAUUCUAGGCCCUCCAUGAGUAGUAGCCCUGAAGUUAUGCGACCCUAUGCUGGGGUUGAGUCUUCUUCUCAGCUCUCUAAUUCCGUCACCUCAAGACAGGUUACCGAACAAUUGGUGAAUGGCUAUUUUGAGGUCUACCACCGCAGCUAUCCUUUCGUACACGAACCUACCUUCCGAGCCCAGCUUCACGAGGUUAUACAGCGACCAAAGCGACGCUCAUGGCAGAUGCUGCUCUAUACCGUCAUGGCACUGGGAGCAUGGUGUCUCGACAACGACAACGCUGAACUCGACGAUGAGCUGUACCAUCUCGCGCUCUCGUUUGGCGACGCUGAGUGCUUGUUCGCAAGCGCAGAUUUGACCUUUGUUCAAGCCCUCAUUCUGUUUAGCAAUUUAAGCCAGAAGCGCAAUAAGCCCAACACGGGAUCCAACUUUCUUGGGCUUGCGACGCGGAUGGCUCUGAGCUUGGGUCUUCAUAGAGAGCUGCCGGAGUGGAACAUCAGUCUCUUACAGCGAGAAAUGCGCCGUCGUGUUUGGUGGGGGUUGUAUAUGUUCGACAGUGGUGCUUCAACUACUUUUGGGAGGCCGAUCCUUCUUCCGGGCGAGGAUGCCAUGGAUGUGAGACAGGUUCUUAAUAUUGAUGAUGAGGACCUAACAAGUGGAACAAAAGCCCCUCCAGAAGAGGUAAACAGGCCAACGCUGUACUCGGGCAUGAAGUACCAGAGCUAUCUACACGUCAAGUCCAACUACAUCUCCAAUCGUCUGCUCUCAUCGUCGUGUAUCGCACUGGAAGACGCGCUAUCCAUGGAUUUAACAUUGGACAAGUGGUCCAGCAUAUUGCCAGAGUACUUGAAACUAAAUCACCAUGUGCCUUCAGCUGAGCCCGCGUUCUACUUUAAUAGGUCACGUCUAUGGUGGCGUUUCUGGAACCUCAAGAUCAUCAUCUUCCGUCAGCUUUUUCUCAAGCGAGCAAUUGGCAGGGGAAAUUCUAGCAUGACGGUACCAGUCAAUGAGGUUGAUGAAAGGUGCAUGAACAUUGCGAUAACUAGGCUUGUGACUUGGUACUCCAUCUAUUUCACAUUCCACGCUUCGUUGGUCAUCAUCCUUGCUAUCCUUAGUAACUCAGAAUCACCAGACAUGCCCAAGUGGCAGGAAGACGUCAACACGGUCCGUCACAUAUUCAGAGGAGUAUUUGCGGAUAUUGAGCUCGCGACUCGCUGCGCCAACAUCAUCGAUGUUAUUUUGCCAGACCCUCUGCUGACAGCGGGUGAUUGGGCAAAUGUACAGCUUGAUCCUAUGCUGAUGGAUUUUUCGACGUGGCCAGCAGCUUCUGCUGAUGAGUUUGCCAGUAUCCUUGGCUGGCCGGACUGGGCCAACUUUCCGCAAUGA